AUGCGUCUCCUCCAGUCCCUCCUCUUCUACACCAGCAGCCUCGCGCUACUCAACCCCACCGCCGCGCACAACGAAGCCCUAACUCCGCGGAGCAAAGGCGCAGAUGCCAUCUCAUUCACAUUCCAGCCCGACGACAGCAUCAGCGGCGCCCUAACCAUGCACUCGGAGCAGACGCUCGAGUACUUCAAAAACGAGCUCGGGAUCGACGUGACGAAACUACGGAACCACCCGGAGCUCUUCGGCAAUAGUCCCAGCGGACACUAUACCUUCCCUCCCCUGAGCGGCGUGGAGGGCACGCUGUCCUGGAACCUAACAGGACGAGAUCCCGCUUCGCUCGGCGCCUACGAACGACUAACGUGUGACGACUGCGCCGCGAUCUGCGGAGGCUUGGCUGCAGUCCCUUUCGGAUUUAUCAUCUGUGUGCGUCGGCACAAUGCAUUGCUUGUGAUGGACAUGGCAGGAGACAAAAUUCAGACGUUCCAGGGUAUUAUCAACGGGGUUAUGUUGAUAGUCAUUGAGUAUAGUUCUUGA